AUCCCAGCCAUCCAGGCACCACGCAUGCUGGCCCACUAAGGCUCACUGAGCCGCUGCUGCGCUUCUUGCGCCAGCGUCUUUCCCCGAUGCCAUCACCGAGUGCAGCUGCUCUCCUCAUUCCCCGAGCAGCUGCAGCUGCGCCCACGACGGAUCCGGCGCGGUGUGAUAAGACGUAGCUCUGCAUAUACAACGCAACAGCACUGUGAUACGAUUCCGGAUUUGGGGUUAUCGAGUUGAUGCUUAUUGACUGACUUGGAUAUUGUGGCGAGUAUAGUAGGUUUAGCAAAGCAUUGCAAAGUCAAUCGUUCACUAUGGAGGUACAUACUACUUACACUGCGACAGAGCUCUGAGCUCAGUACUUACGCGAUGCUACAGAACACAACGCAAAACGCAUAUCUCGACUCGUCAAGGUCACAGCAAGGGGCGUUUCACGAUUCACCAGCACCACAACGCGCAACAUCACCUGUUUCCACAUGUUCAGAAGCUACUAUCAAGCCGCACCAAAUCGAGCCGCCAGCAUAUACGAACGCGCCAUACCUUGAUAGCCCACCAUUGUCGUACCAUGACAGCUCGCCCACAAGCCCGAAUACAUUGCUUCCUUCAUUGCAGCAGCAACCACUCACAUUCCACAUCUCCACGCCUACCGCCUACCUACCUCCCCCUAGCUCAAAUCGCCCGUCGUACUCAGGCGACGAAGAUGACGAAGACGUCCCACUUGCACAGCUCCUCCUCUACCCUCGCGAUGCGCCGCCUGCGUACUCGACUGUCGUACGGCAAUCGUACCGCGAGACGCUGCUACAGCAUAUACCGCGGCACCCUGGAGUCGUAGACUUGGACGAAGAGGCUAUGCUUGAGAGGAUGCGAGCGGACGAUGUGAGGUUCACGGUCGAGCGAGUGGUGGCUAUGGCCGUAGUGAUGGCGCUGCUGGUACUUGCUGGGUUGCUGCUGGGGCUCUUGUUUGUUAGGAAUUGAGGGGGACUGAAUAUGGAAGGUAUGCGCAAAGGGGGAUUAUGGGAGAGGAACAAUUGAAAGUGGAAGACUUUGCAUCCGUUGGAAAGAACGUGGAUAAUUGGGAGGGAAGGGAAGUGGAUCUGUUGGAUACGAAGAAGGGAGCGAUGGUUUGGAUAGGAUAUGCGAUUACAAUGAUACCUCAACAGCGACAAAUCUACAACUCCAUACAUUGCAC